AUGUGCAGGCAGUCAGCAUCUUCGAAAGUCGGCAAUGGCAUGGGCGAAGGUGCCAAACGGCACUGACCUUGUGAUGUGCAGCGCCAACGCCAAGGGCUAAGUCCGGACAGUCACUCGGAUCGGCGAUCAGCUCCGCCCGCCAUAAGGAGAGGGAGAAGGCGAGGUAGAUCCACCCAGCUCGCCGGCACGCCUCCAGCUUUUCCGAGGAGCGGAUGCAGGCCGUGAUGCCAUGCUGCAGAACGUCGAUGUUGCGGAUCUCCUGUAGAUCCUUUGCGUGCGGCAAGAGUUCCUCGCUGUGUGGCGUAACAGAGGACAUGAGGGUGGAUACGGAUCUUUGCAAUAUCGAGAAAGGGGUGCACCGUUCUGCUAUAUACUGUACGUACGACUACGCGACCCUUUGUUCGAGCGGGCCGAAUCUGAAUGGGUCGAAAGGUGAACCUGCAGAGGCGGCUGCUUCGGCUCGGGGUGGACAAGGGCAUCGAUCUCCUCUCACAAGUCAAUGGACCCGCCCAGUCCUCCGGAAUCUUUGUCUACUCCCGUUCUCUCCGGCCUCCUUGUCUCGCACCAGUGGUUUCGCCACGAUGUCUGCUGCUGCUGCCAAUCGGCACCUGACCAAGAGCGACAAAAGCGCACGAGUGGAUCCUGCAAAAGACGCCGAUGGACCGAGGAGGCGCAGGAAAUUGCUCAACAGGCUCAAGGUCGCAACGGGGCGGAUCGCUCCGAUGUUGUGACGGCAGGCCCGACUAUUGCGAGGCGUCAGAAGUACAAAGGAACUGGUAGC